UCUGCUCCUUGUAAGAGCGGAAAGGACCAGCCAGUCCAUACAGCUGCUAGAGAUGGCAAAGAAGGUGCUGGCGGUCCUCCUACCCCUUGUGCUGUGUGUGAUCGGGGUCAUUGGGAUCCUGCUGCUGGCCCUUCCUGCUAGGGAGAUCACUGAACCCCCAAAGUUUAAGUAUGGCAUUGUCCUGGAUGCAGGCUCCUCCCACAGCGCUCUCUUCAUCUACAAGUGGCCGGCGGAUAAGGAGAAUGACACCGGUAUUGUCAGUCAGCACAGCAUGUGUGAUGUGAGCGGCCCUGGAAUAUCAAGCUACUGGAUGACUCCUCCAGAUGCGGCAAAGAGCUUGGAAAAAUGUCUGAACCAGGCAGUGAAAGAUGUCCCAGCUAGCAGACAUGCGAUCACCCCCCUAUACCUGGGGGCCACUGCUGGCAUGAGGCUGUUGAACUUGACCAAUACUAAGGCCUCUGAAGCGGUCCUGGAUGCAGUCAGUGCCACACUGAAGUCCUACCCUUUUGACUUUCGAGGGGCAAAGAUCUUGUCUGGUCAGGAUGAAGGUGUGUUUGGUUGGGUGACCGCCAACUAUCUCCUGGAAAACUUCAUCAAGUACAGCUGGAUUGGGCAGUGGUUCCAGCCUAGGAAGGGGACUCUGGGAGCCAUGGAUCUUGGCGGGGCAUCUACACAAAUUACGUUUGAGUCUGCAGACAAGAUUGACAACCCAGAGAAUGAGGUGAACCUGAGGCUAUAUGGACAGUCAUAUCGCGUGUACACACACAGCUUUCUGUGCUAUGGGAGAGACCAGGUGCUGAAGAGAGUCCUGUCCAAAGUUAUUAAGGAACAGUCCUAUUCAACAAAUAUCCAGAAUCCAUGCUGGCCCAAAGGAUUAACCAAACCAGUAACAUUUGGAGAUGUUUAUGAGUCGCCAUGCACCUCUAGCGAGAAGCCGCCAGCCUAUGACCCCUCGGUGGAGAUGACCAUUUCCGGCAGUGGAGAUGGUGACCAGUGUAGGCAACAAGUGAACAAGCUCUUCCAGUUCGGUGACUGUCCGUACUCCUCCUGCUCCUUCGAUAAAAUCUUCCAGCCCAAAGUGUCCGGAAAAUUCAUAGCAUUUGCAGCAUUUUAUUACACCGUGGACUUCAUAAAAUCCAUAAUGAAGAUGCCAGUCAGCUCUCUGGAGGACCUGUAUACCGCCACCGAUGCCAUCUGCUCCUCCAGUUUUAGCGAUUUGACCAGCAAGGUGCCUUCACCUCAACAAAAACAUAUCCACGGAUACUGUGCCACCGCUAAUUUCAUCUACCUGUUAACUAGUAAAGGCUACAAAUUUGAUAACAGCACUUUCCCCAACAUCACUUUCCAGAGGAAGGCUGGAGACACUUCCAUCGGCUGGGCCCUUGGGUAUAUGCUGAACCUCACCAACAUGAUCCCAGCUGAGGAGACUUCAGUCCUUAAAGCCACUGACUUUAGUUCAUGGGCCGCCCUCAUUUUUCUCUUUGUAGUCAUCAUUUUAAUUGCUCUCAUCGUCCUAUUCAGCACAUACAGGUCAGGCAAACAGCAAACCAUCUGAUG